AUCGUCCACAUAGCCGUGACUGCGACUCUUCCACCCGCACUCGUGACUUGCAAAUCGCACGUCCGAGUCUCAAGUGAUCGCAACGCGUUCGUCACAGAUCCUAUCAAAGCCUUGGUUGCUUCGCGAUGACGUCCCAGUCAUCAGCACACGAUCCAUUCACCUACCUCUCCCGCGGUCGCUUUCAUCGCUCCAUCCCUUGUGCGCGCACGUCCAGCCGCGUCUCCUUCGCGCUCGUUGGCGAUUGGGAGACGCACGCCAAGACGGGAGAGGAUGCAGAUCUAAUCAAGAGUGACUUGCCUCAACGCUCUCGUCUGACGCUCUACGUUCCCCCUUCUGGCUGUUCGCGAUGGAUGGGAAUCAUACUGGACGGUGUGGCGCGACAGCGUGGUAUUUGCAUGGUCGUACCGGACAGGCCCGGGGUAGGCGCCACACCUGCCGUUCCAUCUCACUCCAGAAUGCGAACCUCGACACAGCAAACACUGUCGAUACUAGAGGCGUUGGGAGUGGACCAAGUGGACCUCUUUACCCAUUCAGGUGGUUGGCUGUACAUGCUCGACUUGCUCCGGACUAGACCUGAGCUCAUCAUCCCUUCUCCCUCGGGCCCAGCUUCCAACCUCAUGCUUUGCUCGCCAUUCGUACCUACGCACCUCUCUUCAUCGAGUCUCGGUCUUCUCCCCGCCAGCCUGGUGCGCAUGACACCUUCCGCCGCAAACUUGUUGGGCAGCUGCGAGAAAGCCAUCACCUGGUCUGUUGGCGUGGGACAGAACGCCAAGAGCAUGUGGGGUCACAAAGAGACGCCAGAAUCUUUGCAUGCUUCCAAGCGCGACCAACUGAAACGUGCAGCCCGAGAGAGGGAGAAGAGCAAGAGGACUCAUCCCAACGCAACCUUUCAUCCGCCCUACACCACUCAUCUAGACCUCGAAUUAGACGCCGCUGUGGCCGAGCAUUUGCUUGCCGGCGGAUCAGCGCGCAAGCCGCAAAGCGGAAGCAAGCUGCUGUUCGAAUGCUACAUGGCAGAGUCGGGCAUCGAGACGACUACGCAAGAGUUCCUGUUCUGUCUAGGCAAGACGUCUGGCAUGAACAAUGCAGAAUUGGAGACGUGGCUAAGCGCCAAUUUGCGCGAGCUUGCUCGCCUAUUGAGGUCUCGCACAAAGCGUUGUUCUGACACGCCGAAUGGCGGAGCACCGACCGCGCCACCCCGAUUGCUCCUCGUGUGGGCAGACCAAGAUUUCAUGACUCCACAACGUGGGCGCGACCAUCUCGACGAUUUGCUGCAACGGACGGGACUUGCAGGAGCAUGCUCUUCCACACACCGAUGGAUUGCUGCAGGAGCCGGGCACGACGAUCCGCCAGGGUCCUUGGACAUUAUGCGUGGCGUCUUUGCCUUCUCAAAAGGCGAGAGCGAGAUAUCGGCGCUGCGAGCGGCCCAGACACCGGCGCGAGCUGAAUGAAUUGCUGCCCACAGAGGUGGGAUUUAUUGGCGCUGCGAGCAGCCCAGACAUUGGCGCAAGCUGAAUGCAUUGCUGCCCACAAAGGCGCUCCCAAUGAACGCCGUGCCUGCGCA